AUGGAUAAUUAUUCGAUACAGUUCAUAUUAUUUAUUAUUUUGUCGACUUUUGAAGCAACUUGUCAAGCAAACAAUUAUCAAAUUGAAGGUCAAGCAUUGAAAAACGGAUUUAUGGAUAUCGAGGAGCCUUGUGUUGGUAUGAAAUUUGAUAAUGAAGAGAAUGUGUAUACUUUUUAUAAAAGUUAUGCCCAUAAACUUGGAUUUAGUGUUAGAAAACAAUAUGUGCAUCGUGUGGAUGGACAGGUUAGAAGAAGAACUUUUUGUUGUUCAAGACAAGGUCAAAAAGGUGUGGACAAAAGAUCCGAACAAGUGAAGUUUGAGCAUCCAAUUUCCCGAGUCAAUUGCUUGGCACAAAUGACAUGUCAACUUAAAUCGAACGGUAUGUUUGAAGUUAUUUCUUUUAAUGCUGAGCAUAGCCAUGAACUUACUCCUACACCAAUGAAGCACAUGUUAAGAUCACAAAGACAAAUCACAUCAGCCCAUAAAGCUGUUGCUGAUGAUGCUGCAAAAGCUGGAUUAUCUACUAAGUCCACUAUUGAUUUACUAACUUCACAAAGUGGGGGUCGUGAAUUUAAUGAAUUUUUAGAUAGUGAUUUUAGAAACUAUAUAUCUGCCAAGCGUAGAACAGAAAUGAUUAAAGGAGAUGGUCAUGCUAUUAUGGAUUAUUUUCAUAAAAUGCAAUUACAAGAUCCUUCUUAUUUUUAUUUGGUGCAACUUGAUGAUAAUGAUAAUUCCAUAUUAAAUGUGUUCUGGGAAGAUGGGAGGUCAAUUAUCGAUUACCAACAUUUUGGAGAUGUUGUAUGUUUUGAUACAACUUAUAGAACAAAUGAGUAUGGUAGGCCGUUUGCUCCAUUUAUUGGUGUUAAUCAACAUAAAAAAAGUAUUAUUUUUGGUGCAGCUUUACUAUAUGAUGAAACAAUAUCAUCAUUUAAAUGGUUGUUUGAGACCUUCCUCAGUGCAAUGUCUGGUAAGCAUCCUAGGACAAUAUUGACAGACCAAUGCCCCGCAAUGGCCAAUGCAAUUGAAGAAGUGUUUUCUGAAACUCAUCAUCGAUUAUGUGUGUGGCAUAUUUAUCAGAAUGCUGCUAAAAAUUUAAGUCAUGUUUUUCAUUCAUCAAAACAAUUUGCAUAUGAUUUUAGCUCUUGUGUAUAUGGUUAUGAAGAGGAAGACAAAUGGCUUCAAGCUUGGGAUGAUAUGCUAGAUAAGUAUAUGCUUACUGAUAAUAAAUGGUGCAAUGGAAUUUUUGAAGUAAGGAAAAAAUGGGCUAUGGUAUAUGGGCGGCAUAUGUUUACAGCUGAUAUGAUGAGCACUCAGCGAAGUGAGUCAAUGAAUAAUGUCCUCAAGAAAUACUUGGAUGCAAAGAAUAACUUUAUGCAUUUCUUUGAUAAUUAUAACAGGUUGUUGUCAAAUAAACGAUAUGAAGAGUUGUUAAUAGAGUUCAAAAUGAGAGAGAGGGUUCCAAUUUUACAAGCUGAUGUAGAGAUGUUAAGACAUGCUUCAAAAAUAUACACUCCAACAGUGUUUAAGAUGUUUCAAGAUGAAUAUAUGAAGAUUUUAGAUUGUAUUAUGUACAAAGUUGACAAAUCUGAACAUAUUACAAGCUAUAAAGUCCAGUGUGGUAGAAAGGAUCAAGAACAUUUGGUCACAUUAGAAGCAUCAACACAAUCAGUUAAAUGUAGUUGUAUGAAAUUUAUUUUUGUGGGAAUUUUAUGCGCACAUACUUUGAAAAUCCUUGAUAAGAAAAAUAUUAAACAGAUUCCACCACAAUACAUCUUGAAGAGAUGGACAAGAGAUGCAAAGAUUGGAAUGAUUGAGGACAAUUGUAACAUUGCGGUUGGAAGUAGUCCGCAAGAGUCAAUUGGAAAAAGAUAUUCAUCUUUGAGUCAUAAUUUUCGAAAAAUAUUGACACUUGCAUCAGAAAGUGAGGAUAUGUAUGAGCAUGCAUGUGAAGAUUUCAAAAAAUUAUUAAAAGACUUACAAGUAAUGAAGGUAAGUAAUGAUCCAUCUAAUCUGUCCAAUUCAAAAGAUAACAAAACAUUUUCUCCUAUUAUAUCUGAAGUCAAGAAAAAAGCGACUGUUGGACGUCCAAGUAAUAGGAUAAAAGGUGCUUUAGAAAGAAAGAAAAAAAUUAAACGUCAAUCUAAAUCACAGGAUGGCGGUAUGGAUUCUACUAACAAGUCCAAAGAAAAGAAGGAAGACGUCAAAAAUAUUGAUGAUGAAUGCAUCAAUUAUGAUCAAGAAGAUCUGAACGUCGAAUUACAAGUAUUGGAAAAUACUACUCAGGAAUCAAGUGAAAAAUAUUUAUGUGAAGACUUUAUUACUACUCAAGAGAUAAUAGAAAGUUCAUCACAUAAUGAUUGUUCUUAUACAUUUUCCAAUCAAAAUCAAUUCUCGUAUACUCAGCUUCUUCAGGUGAGUGGUGGUGACAUGUGUCUCGUGCUUCUACUACGCCAUCGCUCGGCUUAUUUUCCGUCGCUGCUGGUUCCUUCUCCACCGCCGCCGUUUACUCUAGAUGGUGCCGCUGCUGAUUCCUUCUCAUGGUCAUAG